GAGGAGGGUGGUGGGAAGGUGGGAGGCGUGUACUUGUGUCGGCUCUUCUGCCUUGAAUAUUAUAACUGCUACUUCCAUAUUUUAUGCACAUUUACCCGGACACUCUGGGUUGUUAGCCCUGCACCAGACACUGGGCCUCAGACACAGCGCGAUUCGCGCGGAGCAGCAAGCUAAAAAGAAACGCCCUGCACUGGCUAGCAAGGAGGCGGCGGGGGAAGAUGCGCGGCGCCGGCUGGCAGACGCUGUCCCUGUCGCUGGGGUUAGUGCUGGCGAUCCUGAACGAGGUGGCGCCGCAGGCGUGCCCGGCGCAGUGCUCCUGCUCGGGAAGCACGGUAGACUGUCAUGGGCUGGCGCUGCGCAGCGUGCCCAGGAAUAUCCCCCGCAACACCGAGAGACUAGAUUUGAAUGGAAAUAACAUCACACGGAUUACGAAAACGGACUUUGCUGGUCUUAGACACCUAAGAGUUCUUCAGCUUAUGGAGAAUAAGAUUAGCACCAUCGAAAAAGGAGCAUUCCAGGAUCUUAAAGAACUGGAGAGACUGCGUUUAAACAGAAAUCACCUUCAGCUGUUUCCUGAGUUGCUGUUUCUUGGGACUUCGAAGCUAUACCGGCUUGAUCUCAGUGAAAACCAAAUUCAGGCAGUUCCAAGGAAGGCUUUUCGUGGAGCGGUUGACAUUAAAAACCUGCAACUGGAUUACAACCAGAUCAGCUGUAUUGAAGAUGGGGCAUUUAGGGCUCUCCGGGACCUGGAAGUGCUCACUCUCAACAAUAACAACAUCACCAGACUUUCUGUGGCAAGUUUCAACCAUAUGCCUAAACUUAGGACUUUUCGCCUCCAUUCCAACAACCUGUAUUGUGACUGCCACCUGGCCUGGCUGUCUGACUGGCUGCGUCAAAGGCCCCGAGUGGGCCUCUACACCCAGUGCAUGGGCCCCUCCCACCUGAGGGGCCAUAAUGUAGCUGAGGUUCAAAAACGAGAAUUUGUCUGCAGCGGUCACCAGUCAUUUAUGGCUCCUUCCUGCAGCGUUUUGCACUGUCCAGCUGCUUGUACCUGUAGCAACAAUAUCGUAGAUUGUCGUGGGAAAGGUCUCACUGAGAUCCCCACGAAUCUGCCUGAGACCAUCACAGAAAUACGUCUGGAACAGAACUCAAUCAAGGUCAUCCCUCCUGGAGCUUUCUCACCAUAUAAAAAGCUUAGAAGAAUAGACCUGAGCAAUAAUCAGAUCUCUGAACUAGCUCCAGAUGCUUUCCAAGGACUGCGCUCUCUGAACUCACUUGUACUCUAUGGAAAUAAAAUCACGGAACUCCCAAAAAGUUUAUUCGAAGGAUUGUUUUCCUUACAGCUUCUACUGUUGAAUGCCAACAAGAUAAACUGCCUUCGGGUAGAUGCUUUCCAGGACCUGCACAACUUGAACCUUCUCUCCUUAUAUGACAACAAGCUUCAGACCAUUGCCAAGGGGACCUUUUCGCCUCUGCGGGCCAUUCAAACGAUGCAUUUGGCCCAGAACCCCUUUAUUUGUGACUGCCAUCUCAAGUGGCUGGCGGAUUAUCUCCAUACCAACCCGAUCGAGACCAGUGGUGCCCGCUGCACCAGCCCUCGGCGUCUGGCAAACAAAAGAAUCGGACAGAUCAAAAGCAAGAAAUUCCGUUGUUCAGCUAAAGAACAGUAUUUCAUUCCAGGUACAGAAGAUUAUCGAUCAAAAUUAAGUGGGGACUGCUUUGCAGAUUUGGCUUGCCCUGAAAAGUGCCGCUGUGAAGGGACCACAGUUGAUUGCUCCAAUCAAAAACUCACCAAAAUCCCGGACCAUGUUCCCCAGUACACUGCAGAACUGCGACUCAAUAAUAAUGAAUUCACAGUGUUGGAAGCUACUGGAAUCUUCAAGAAACUUCCUCAACUACGUAAAAUAAACUUUAGCAACAAUAAGAUCACAGACAUUGAAGAGGGAGCUUUUGAAGGAGCAUCUGGUGUGAAUGAAAUACUUCUCACAAGUAACCGUUUGGAAAAUGUGCAGCAUAAGAUGUUCAAGGGAUUGGAAAGCCUCAAAACUUUGAUGUUGAGAAGUAAUCGCAUAAGCUGUGUGGGGAAUGACAGCUUCAUAGGACUCAGUUCUGUGCGUUUGCUUUCUUUAUAUGAUAAUCAAAUUACUACAAUUGCACCGGGGGCAUUUGAUACUCUCCAUUCUUUAUCUACUCUAAAUCUCUUGGCCAAUCCCUUUAACUGUAAUUGCUACCUGGCUUGGUUGGGAGAAUGGCUCAGAAAGAAGAGAAUUGUAACCGGAAAUCCUCGAUGUCAGAAACCAUACUUCCUCAAAGAAAUCCCCAUCCAGGAUGUGGCCAUUCAAGACUUCACGUGUGAUGACGGAAAUGACGACAACAGUUGCUCCCCACUGUCUCGCUGUCCUACGGAAUGUACCUGCCUAGACACAGUGGUCCGAUGUAGCAACAAGGGCUUGAAGGUCUUGCCCAAAGGAAUUCCAAGAGAUGUCACUGAACUGUAUCUGGAUGGGAACCAAUUUACACUGGUUCCUAAGGAACUCUCUAACUACAAACACUUAACACUUAUAGACUUAAGUAACAACCGGAUAAGCACUCUUUCUAACCAGAGCUUCAGCAACAUGACCCAGCUCCUCACCUUAAUUCUUAGUUACAACCGUCUGAGAUGUAUUCCUCCUCAAACCUUCGAUGGAUUGAAAUCUCUUCGAUUACUCUCUUUACAUGGAAAUGACAUUUCUGUUGUGCCUGAAGGUGCUUUCAAUGAUCUUUCUGCGUUGUCACACCUAGCAAUUGGAGCCAACCCUCUCUACUGCGACUGUAACAUGCAAUGGUUAUCGGACUGGGUGAAGUCAGAAUAUAAAGAACCGGGAAUCGCUCGUUGUGCUGGUCCCGGAGAAAUGGCAGAUAAACUGUUACUCACAACUCCCUCCAAAAAAUUUACAUGUCAAGGUCCCGUGGAUGUCAGUAUUCUAGCUAAAUGCAACCCCUGCCUAUCAAACCCAUGUAAGAACGACGGCACCUGUAACAACGACCCAGUGGAGUUCUACCGCUGCACCUGCCCGUACGGUUUCAAGGGGCAGGACUGCGAUGUCCCAAUUCACGCAUGCAUCAGUAACCCAUGUAAACAUGGAGGAACGUGCCACUUAAAAGAAGGAGAAAAAGAUGGAUUCUGGUGUAUUUGUGCUGAUGGAUUUGAAGGAGAAAAUUGCGAAGUCAAUGUUGAUGACUGUGAGGACAAUGACUGUGAAAAUAAUUCUACCUGUGUUGAUGGAAUCAAUAACUACACGUGCCUUUGCCCACCUGAAUACACAGGUGAGUUGUGUGAGGAGAAACUGGACUUCUGUGCCCAGGACCUGAACCCCUGCCAGCACGACUCCAAGUGCAUCCUGACACCAAAGGGAUUCAAAUGUGACUGCACACCAGGGUACAUAGGCGAGCACUGCGAUGUUGAUUUCGACGACUGCCAAGAUAACAAGUGUAAAAAUGGAGCCCACUGCACAGACGCAGUGAAUGGCUAUACAUGCAUCUGCCCCGAAGGUUACAGUGGCUUGUUCUGUGAAUUUUCACCACCCAUGGUCCUCCCUCGUACCAGCCCGUGUGAUAAUUUUGAUUGUCAGAAUGGAGCUCAGUGCAUCAUCAGAAUAAAUGAGCCAAUAUGCCAGUGUUUGCCCGGCUACCAGGGAGAGAAGUGUGAAAAAUUGGUCAGUGUGAAUUUUGUAAACAAAGAGUCUUAUCUUCAGAUUCCUUCAGCCAAGGUUCGGCCCCAAACAAACAUCACACUUCAGAUUGCCACAGAUGAAGACAGUGGAAUCCUCCUGUACAAGGGGGACAAAGACCAUAUCGCUGUGGAACUCUACCGGGGACGUGUUCGUGCUAGCUAUGACACCGGCUCCCACCCGGCUUCCGCCAUUUACAGCGUGGAGACAAUAAAUGAUGGGAACUUUCACAUUGUGGAACUUCUUGCCCUGGAUCAGAGCCUCUCCCUCUCUGUGGAUGGAGGGAGCCCCAAAAUCAUCACCAACUUGUCAAAGCAGUCCACUCUGAAUUUCGACUCUCCACUCUACGUAGGAGGCAUGCCUGGGAAAAACAACGUGGCUGCGGCCCUGCGCCAGGCCCCGGGGCAGAACGGCACCAGUUUCCAUGGCUGUAUCCGGAACCUCUACAUCAACAGCGAGCUGCAGGACUUCCGCAAGAUGCCCAUGCAGACCGGCAUCCUGCCCGGCUGUGAGCCAUGCCACAAGAAGGUGUGUGCCCAUGGCACGUGCCAGGCCAGCAGUCAGUCGGGCUUCACCUGCGAGUGCGAGGAAGGAUGGACGGGGCCCCUGUGUGACCAGAGAACCAAUGACCCCUGCCUGGGAAACAAAUGCAUGCAUGGCGUCUGCCUGCCCAUCAAUGCCUUCUCCUACAGCUGUAAGUGCCUGGAGGGCCAUGGGGGCGUCCUCUGUGAUGAAGAGGAGGCUCUGUUUAACCCCUGCCAGGCGAUCAAGUGUAAGCACGGGAAAUGCAGGCUCUCAGGACUGGCGCAGCCCUACUGUGAAUGCAGCAGCGGCUACACUGGGGCCAGCUGUGAUCGAGAAAUCUCUUGCCAAGGGGAACGGGUGAGAGAUUAUUACCAAAAGCAGCAGGGCUAUGCCGCCUGCCAAACCACCAAGAAGGUGUCGCGGUUGGAGUGCAGAGGGGGCUGCGCCGGCGGCCAGUGCUGCGGGCCGCUGCGGAGCAAGCGGCGGAAAUACUCGUUCGAGUGCACGGACGGCUCCUCGUUCGUGGAGGAGGUGGAGAAGGUGGUCAAGUGCGGCUGUGCCAGGUGCGCCUCCUAACCGCCGCCCCCGGGAAGGCGGCGUCUGCUUCCCAGCCGCGCUGGACGGAGUCACGCUUCAUAGUGGAAAUAUUUGAAAUAUAUUGUAAAAUACAGAACGGACUUAUUUUUAUUAUGAGAAAUAAAGACUUUUUUUUUUUUCUGCAUUUGG